AUGACGAUUUGCGAAAAUGUUCUAUACACCAAGGCUGCUGCUGGAAAGCUAUGUAAUGCCUUAGUCCUCAGACUUGUGACGAAUCCUCUGGUGGUCCAACUCGCCAGAAACGCAGGCUUUGAUGUUGUCUGGAUAGAGAUGGAGCACUCUACCUACUCUAUUACCGAAGCAAGUGGCCUGACGAGUGCCGCCAUGAUGGCCGGAUUAACGCCUAUUGUUCGCGUACCCUACCAGUGCGGUAUGGGAUACGUCCAACAAGUUCUCGACUCCGGGGCAAUGGCAGUGGUUUUUCCUCACAUCGAGACAGUCGAGGCUGCCAGGUCAUGUGUCAAGAUGUGCAAAUUCCCCCCUCUUGGAAAACGGUCCCUGUGGUUGCAGCAGGCGGCGGUGGGCCUGAAGACUUUGCCGAUGCAGGAAAUGGCCAAUGAGGUCAACUCGCAGGCAUCAGCGGUCGGCGUCAUGAUUGAGUCUGCGGAUAGUAUUCCGAAUGCUGAUGCUAUUGCGGCUGUGGAGGGAGUUGAUCUUCUCAUUGUCGGAUGCAUUGACCUCUCAACUGAUAUGGGUAUCCCUGGGAAAAUUGACGCGCCGGAAUUCCGUGCGGCAUUGGAGGCUGUCAGUGUGGCCUGUCGUAGGCAUAACAAGGUGUUUGGCUAA